AUGGACAUCAACAUAGACCAGACAGACUCGGGUGACCAAUUCCUGGAGUACAAUAUCAUCGGCGGUGUACUGGAUUUCUAUUUCUUAGCUGGGCCCAGUCCUUCCGAAGUUAGUCGACAGUAUGCUGAAGUUGUAGGCUUACCUGCUAUGAUGUCUUACUGGACCUUCGGUUUCCACCAGUGCAAGUAUGGGUAUUGGGACGUCAAUUAUGCGGCCGAAGUUGUUGCGAACUAUUCUACAGCAAAUAUCCCCCUCGAAACGCUAUGGGGCGAUAUCGAUUAUAUGGAUCUUCGUCAGGUUUUCACUACAGAUCCGGAGCGGUUUCCUUUACAUAAAAUGCGGGAGCUGGUUGAUACUCUACACAAGAGAGAGCAGCACUAUAUUAUGAUGCUUGAUCCCGGCAUUCAUAGAGCUGAUAACUACUCGACUUUCAUUAGAGGCGAGGAAAAAGGAGUCUUCCUCAAAGCUGAUGACGGAUCUAACUAUCGCGGAGUGCAAUGGGCUGGUGAGGUUGUCUGGCCGGACUGGAUCGCACAAAAUACCCAAGACUGGUGGACGAACGAGAUUUCGCUCUUUUUCGAUCCUGAAACUGCCAACCCUCCCCGCGACAAUACCGGACGACCUAUCCCCGGGUUUCUAGAUGACUUCCAACCAGCUCCAGCCGCCAAGUCUGGAAAGCUCCAGUCAAGGCAGACGACCGGUGGCCAAAUGAAGGGUCUUCCCGACCGCGACCUCUUCAACCCCAAGUACCGCAUCAACAACCACAAGGGUGAACUGAGCGACUCCACACUAUACAGUAACAUCACGAACGCAGACGGCACGUACCAAUACGACACCCAUAACCUCUACGGCCUCACCAUGAUAACCGCAACACGCAACUCACUCCUAACCCGACGCCCCGGAAGACGUCCGUUCGUACUAACACGCUCGUCCUUCGCAGGUGCUGGGUCCCGCGCUGCGCACUGGUUCGGCGACAAUAACUCGACAUGGUCGGACUACCGAGUAACUAUCCCGCAACUCCUAGGCUUCGCAGCUGUGCACCAAGUCCCCAUGGUGGGAUCCGACGUAUGUGGUUUCAACGGGGUCGCCGACGAGCACAUGUGCGCACGAUGGGCGCUACUAGGCGCUUUCAUGCCGUUCUACCGUAACCAUGCGGACAUCUCAGCUCCCGCCCAGGAAUUCUACCUCUGGGACCUGGUCGCGGGCCGCGCGCAAGGCUAUCGAUGCUCGCCGAUCGCCAACCCGUUAUUUUUCGUGUAUCCGGAGGAUGCGAAGACAUUCGGGAUCGAUACGCAGUUUUUCUACGGGGAUGCGCUGUUAGUUUCGCCUGUGACAGACGACUACUCCGAGUCUGUUACGUAUUACCUCCCCGACGAUAUUUUCUACGACUUCUGGACGUUCGAGCCGGUUCGGGGGACGGGUGCUACGGUCACUACAGAUAAUGUGAUGUGGACUGAUAUCCCGGUACAUAUCCGUGGCGGCACGGUAUUGCCGCUGCGGACGGAGUCGGCGAAUACUACGACGUUGUUGCGGCAGAACGAUUUCCAGAUUAUUGUUGCUCCGGGUUUGGAUGGCAAGGCGAAGGGGUCAUUAUACCUGGACGAUGGGGAUAGUCUGGAUGUGGGCGAUGCUAAGUCAGAUAUAAGCUUUACGUGGGAUGGGACGACGCUUAAGGCUGAUGGUACUUUUGGGUAUUCGACUGAGGUUAUGGUGGAGAGUGUGGUAGUUCUCGGUGGUGAGAAGCCGGUUACUCAGAAGGGACCGUGGUCUCUUGAUGGGCCAUUUGAAGUUACAUUUCAAUCUUGA